AAAGUAGCGGGCCGAGGCUCCGGGGGGAGCGGGGCUGCAGCUGGGGGGCGGGAGCCCGCGGGGAGCCGAGCCGAGCGCCCCCCGCCCCAGCCCCCGGCAUGGGCAGGACGGGGCCGCCGGGGCGGGCGCCGAGCGCUGAGCGCUGAGGGCCCCCAGAGGGGAUGAGGUCUGGGGCCAAGCCAGCUUUCAGUCUCCCCAGGGUCCUGGAGGUAAAACAACUUUCCUGGUCGGUGUCCAGACGCCUGACUCCUGAACCUGAGGUCUCCCAUGGGAUUGCUGGGACCUUGCUGGGUGAGAUGGCACUGUGUGCAAAAAAGCGCCCCCCAGAAGAAGAAAGGAGGGCGCGGGCCAAUGACCGAGAGUACAAUGAGAAAUUUCAGUAUGCGAGUAACUGCAUCAAGACCUCCAAGUACAAUAUCCUCACCUUCCUGCCUGUCAACCUCUUUGAGCAGUUCCAGGAAGUUGCCAAUACCUACUUCCUGUUCCUUCUCAUUCUGCAGUUGAUCCCUCAGAUCUCCUCCCUGUCCUGGUUCACCACCAUUGUGCCUUUGGUUCUUGUCCUCACCAUCACGGCUGUUAAAGAUGCCACCGAUGACUACUUCCGCCACAAGAGUGAUAACCAGGUGAAUAACCGUCAGUCUCAGGUGCUGAUCAAUGGAAUCCUCCAGCAGGAGCAGUGGAUGAAUGUCUGUGUUGGUGACAUCAUCAAGCUGGAAAAUAACCAGUUUGUGGCGGCGGAUCUCCUCCUCCUUUCCAGCAGUGAGCCCCAUGGGCUGUGUUACAUAGAGACAGCAGAACUCGAUGGAGAGACCAACAUGAAGGUGCGUCAGGCGAUUCCAGUCACCUCAGAGUUGGGAGACAUCAGCAAGCUCGCCAAGUUCGAUGGCGAAGUGAUCUGUGAGCCCCCCAACAACAAGCUGGACAAAUUCAGUGGCGCCCUCUACUGGAAGGAGAACAAAUUUCCCCUGAGCAACCAGAACAUGCUGCUGCGUGGCUGCGUGCUGCGGAACACGGAGUGGUGCUUUGGCCUGGUCAUCUUUGCAGGUCCUGACACUAAGCUGAUGCAGAACAGCGGCAGGACGAAAUUCAAGAGAACAAGUAUUGAUCGCCUGAUGAAUACACUGGUGCUCUGGAUUUUUGGGUUCCUGGUCUGCAUGGGGGUGAUCCUGGCCAUUGGCAAUGCCAUCUGGGAGCACGAGGUCGGAAUGCGUUUCCAGGUCUACCUGCCCUGGGAUGAGGCUGUGGACAGUGCCUUCUUCUCUGGCUUCCUCUCCUUCUGGUCCUAUAUCAUUAUCCUCAACACCGUCGUGCCCAUAUCGCUUUAUGUCAGUGUGGAGGUCAUUCGCCUGGGCCACAGCUACUUCAUCAACUGGGACAAGAAGAUGUUCUGUGCGAAAAAGCGGACGCCGGCGGAGGCCCGCACCACCACGCUGAACGAGGAGUUGGGUCAGGUGGAGCACAUCUUCUCUGACAAGACGGGCACCCUCACCCAGAACAUCAUGGUCUUCAACAAGUGCUCCAUCAACGGCCGAAGCUACGGGGACGUGUUCGAUGUCCUGGGACACAAAGCUGAGUUGGGAGAGAGGCCUGAACCCGUCGACUUCUCCUUCAAUCCUCUGGCCGACAAGAAGUUCUUAUUUUGGGACCCCACCCUCUUGGAGGCUGUCAAGGCGGGGGACCCCCACACGCACGAGUUCUUCCGCCUCCUCUCCCUGUGUCACACUGUCAUGUCAGAAGAAAAGAACGAAGGGGAGCUGUACUAUAAAGCGCAGUCUCCGGAUGAGGGGGCCCUGGUCACCGCGGCCAGGAACUUUGGUUUCGUGUUCCGUUCUCGUACCCCCAAAACCAUCACUGUCCACGAGAUGGGCACAGCCAUCACGUACCAGCUGCUGGCCAUCCUGGAUUUCAACAACAUUCGCAAGCGGAUGUCGGUCAUAGUGCGGAAUCCCGAGGGGAAGAUCCGACUAUACUGCAAAGGGGCCGACACCAUCCUGCUGGACAGGCUGCACCCGUCCACCCAAGAGCUGCUCAACACCACCACUGACCACCUGAAUGAAUACGCCGGGGAAGGGCUGAGGACCCUGGCACUGGCCUACAAGGACCUGGAUGAAGAGUACUAUGAGGAGUGGGCUGACCGACGGCUCCAGGCCAGCCUGGCCCUGGACAACCGGGAGGACAGGCUGGCCAGUGUCUACGAGGAGAUCGAGAGUGACAUGAUGCUGCUGGGUGCAACGGCCAUCGAGGACAAGCUUCAGCAAGGGGUUCCCGAGACCAUCGCCCUGCUGACGCUGGCCAACAUCAAGAUAUGGGUGCUGACUGGAGACAAGCAAGAGACAGCUGUGAACAUCGGCUAUUCCUGCAAGAUGCUGACGGAUGACAUGACGGAGGUGUUCAUCGUCACCGGCCACACCGUGCUGGAAGUGCGCGAGGAGCUCAGGAAAGCCCGGGAGAAGAUGAUGGACCCAUCCCGCGCCGUCGGCAACGGCUUCACCUACCAGGAGAAGCUUUCUUCUUCCAAGCUCACUUCUGUCCUAGAAGCCGUUGCAGGGGAGUACGCCCUGGUCAUCAACGGGCACAGCCUCGCCCACGCGUUAGAGGCAGACAUGGAGCAGGAGUUUCUGGAGACAGCCUGCGCCUGCAAAGCUGUCAUCUGCUGCCGGGUGACCCCCUUGCAGAAGGCGCAAGUGGUGGAACUGGUCAAGAAGUACAAGAAGGCUGUGACACUUGCCAUUGGCGAUGGAGCCAAUGAUGUCAGCAUGAUCAAAACGGCUCACAUCGGCGUGGGCAUCAGCGGGCAGGAGGGGAUCCAGGCUGUCCUGGCCUCCGAUUACUCCUUCUCGCAGUUCAAGUUCCUGCAGCGCCUCCUGCUGGUGCACGGGCGCUGGUCCUACCUGCGCAUGUGCAAGUUCCUCUGCUAUUUCUUCUACAAGAACUUCGCUUUCACCAUGGUCCACUUCUGGUUCGGCUUCUUCUGCGGCUUCUCGGCCCAGACCGUCUAUGACCAGUAUUUCAUCACCCUUUAUAACAUCGUGUACACCUCCCUACCGGUCCUGGCUAUGGGGGUGUUCGAUCAGGACGUCCCUGAGCAACGGAGCAUGGAGUACCCCAAGCUGUAUGAGCCCGGCCAGCUGAACCUGCUGUUCAACAAGCGUGAGUUCUUCAUCUGCAUAGCCCAGGGCAUCUACACUUCCGUGCUCAUGUUCUUCAUCCCAUAUGGGGUCUUCGCCGAGGCCACCCGAGAUGACGGCACCCAGCUGGCCGACUACCAGUCCUUCGCCGUCACUGUGGCUACGUCGUUGGUCAUUGUGGUCAGCGUGCAGAUCGGGCUGGACACGGGCUACUGGACGGCCAUCAACCACUUCUUCAUCUGGGGCAGCCUGGCCGUGUACUUCACUAUCCUCUUCGCCAUGCAUAGCAACGGGCUCUUCAACAUGUUUCCCAACCAGUUCCGGUUUGUGGGUAAUGCGCAGAACACUCUGGCCCAGCCCACGGUAUGGCUGACCAUCGCGCUCACCACGGUCGUCUGCAUCCUGCCUGUGGUCGCCUUUCGAUUCCUCAAGCUGAACCUGAAGCCGGAUCUCUCCGACACGGUCCGCUACACCCAGCUGGUGAGAAAGAAGCACAAGGCCCAGCACCGCUGCCUGCGACGCGUGGGGCGCACGGGCUCCCGGCGCUCGGGCUACGCCUUCUCCCACCAGGAGGGCUUCGGGGAGCUCAUCAUGUCUGGCAAAAACAUGCGCCUCAGCUCCCUGGCUCUCUCCAGCUUCACCGCCCGCUCCAGCUCCAGCUGGAUUGAGAGCCUGCGCAGAAAAAAGAGUGACAGCGCCAGCAGCCCCAGCGGCCCCAGCGGCGCGGCCGACAAGCCCCUCAAGGGCUGAAGGCUGGGAAGGGAACACCGGGCGCCAGUGCGCAGAGCACCGGGGGCAGGCCGGCCACCGACAUGACCGCGUCUGAGAACGGCGGGGCCUCGUCCCAUGCCUCUCCCAUCUCCCUGGUGGACUCUGUCCUGCUGGUCCCCAGCCCAGGGCCCUCCCAGCAGCCGGGAGGGCGGAGGGGGCAGGCCCGGAGGGCAGAGGAGGGGCUGGGCCGUGGGGAACCGGCCCCAGUGGGGGGACCAGAUGUGGAACCAAAAAUGAGAAAAAACUGUGAGAGAUCGGGUCUGCCCCUGCCUUGCCUGGGAACCCUCGGGGAGACUGCAGUCUGUGUAUUUUUUUACUCCCGCUCCCCACAGGGGCCCUAGAGCUCCCGUUCCUGAAUUACACAAGAAUGUAUCACGCCGGGAAGCCAGAGGCCUGCUGGGGCCUCUGGGCCCCUCACGUCGUGUAUGUCUCUCCUUGAUUUGUGUUUGUGUCCACUUUGGCUUUGUCUUUUAUUUGGCAAGUGGCGGAGGCCUCUACGUGACUUUUAUGUUGUGGUUGGUGUCUUAACUCUGCUGGGGACGAGGACGCUGGCGCACGGGCGCCCCCACCUGGCUGGAUGUGGAGUGGUUUGGAAGGCGCCACCGCUGGGCUGGCCCUCCAGUGGCAGGUGCGGUGAGGGACCGUGAGGCUGCCCAGGCAGGAGGUGCCUGUCCGCCAGAGGGUGUUGGGAGAGUAUAAAGGAGGGUCUGGUCCGGUCUCCUUCCUCACCUUGAGAGUGAAGAGCUACCCCCUCCCCUACACACUCCCGUAUCGACUCCUGGGUUCCGUAAGUCCUGCUGGUAUUGGGCUGGAGCCUGGGCAGGUGGCCCUGUCAUUCUCAGUGGCCUAAAGUUGGGUGUGAAAUGCAGUUCUAAAAACCGGUUUGGUUUAAUUUUAAAUUCAGACCCCAGUCCAUGAGCCUGAGUCCCUUGUGACUUCCAUUCUCCCUCCUCAUCUGGCAUUUCCCU